UUCAUCUGCUCUCAGAAGCUGAAACUCCCCGCAGGAACUCCCGGCCACUUUUCCCCACAAUGCCAUUCAUCCCACCGAGCGACAGCAGGCGCAGCUCCGUUUACGCGACCAUGUGGAGAAUACGCAGUAUCUUUUGCGCAUGGACAAUACUGUUUUGGACAGAAGUCUAUGCGCAGUCUCAGCGGAGACCUGUUUUCACAUGUGGAGGGAACAUCACAGGAGAGUCUGGAGUAAUCGGGAGCCAAGGGUAUCCAGGAGUUUACCCUCCAAAUACCAAAUGUGUGUGGAGAAUCACAGUCCCUGAAGGCAGGGUGGUGGUGCUGUCAUUCCGCUUUAUUGACCUGGAGAGCGACAACCUGUGCCGCUAUGACUAUGUGGAUGUUUACAGCGGUCAUGUCAGCGGACAGAGGCUCGGACGCUUCUGUGGGACGUUCAAGCCGGGAGCCCUGGUCUCCACGGGCAACAAGAUGCUACUGCAGAUGGUGUCUGAUGCCAACACUGCUGGGAGUGGCUUCCUGGCUGUUUUUUCUGCUGCCCACCCACAUGAGAGAGGGGAACAGUACUGUGGAGGCAGAUUGGACAAACCUGCCGGGACGUUCAAAACACCCAACUGGCCGGAGAAGGACUACCCAGCGGGGGUCACCUGCGCCUGGCACAUAGUGGCUCCAAAGAACCAGAUUAUUGAAGUUAAGUUUGAGAAGUUUGAUGUGGAACGAGACAACUACUGCCGAUAUGACCACGUCUCCAUUUUCAACGGGCCAGAAAUCAACGACGCAAAGAGGAUUGGGAAGUACUGUGGAGACAGCCCCCCAGCGCCCGUCUUCUCAGAGGGGAAUCAGCUCCUAAUCCAGUUCCUGUCUGAUCUCAGCCUGACUGCAGAUGGCUUCAUCGGACACUACAAGUUCAGGCCAAAGAAGUUCCCCACCACCACCAUCCCACCCACCACUACCACACAGCCAGUCACCACCAGGCCCAUACCUCUGAAGUACUCUGUCGCCCUUUGCCAGCAGAAAUGUAAAAGAAGAGGAACACUUGAAAGCAAUUAUUGCUCCAGCAAUUUUGUGAUAACAGGGACCGUCAUUACAGCGGUGAUGAGAGGAGGAAGCAUGUACGCCACCGUGUCUAUCAUCAACGUUUAUAAGGAAGGCAACCUGGUGAUCCAGCAGGCUGGAAAGACAAUGAGCACCAAGAUCAUCAUCCUGUGCAAGAAAUGCCCGUUCAUCCGAAGAGGCUUGAACUACAUUUUCAUGGGCCAGGUGGACGACGAAGGUCGGGGGAAAAUCGCCCCGCAACACUUUGUCAUGGCGUUCAAGGCCAAGAACCAGAAAGGACUGAACGUGCUGAAAAACAAGCAGUGCUGAGUUCCAGUCGCUGUGGAGAUGUCGGUAUCGGACCGCUGCGCCCGGGGCUCGGCCGUGGAUGGAAACAAUUAAGCAAAACAGCAAUUUCCUCCUCGACAGCACAAACACGAGUCAUUAAAAAUCAAGCUGAGAGUGGGAUGCAGCGCUGCCAGCCAGAAAAUGCAGAAUGUGGAGAUCAAACAUUCCAGUGAGGAGGACUGGCUUUAGCUGCAGAUCGCUCGUUGAAAAGUUCUUCUUUUUUAUUUUUUAACAAAAAAAAAAGCUGUCUGUUAACUUAUUUUGCAAUUUCAGACGAGCAACUUUUAGUAUGCACAACUGCUUGGACAUCUCAUAGAGGCACUUUCACUCCCAAAUGAUUUUCUUUUACAGUCUGAUCAAAGGACGGUUGAAAGUGAUAGCGAAACCCAUCUGGCAGAAAAGUCUCACCUUCAAGAUGGAUAUCUGUUCGGGAUUUGUUCCAGCUGGUAGUUUUAAUGACGGUGUGACAACCUGACAUUAAUUUCCUGUGUUCAGUUUAAUGGGCAGGUUUGGAAACUUAAAUUGUGGUGAUCGAAGUGCAAUAUGUAAUAUAUAUAUGAGAGAAACUUUUCUUCUGGUGGUAUGUAAAACCAAAAUGAGGACUUUCCUGUCUGAAGCUUUCUUCUUGAGUUUGGUGAAUGGAUUUCAAACUACCACCUUUCAUACAUGUUAUUUCCUUUUUGUCAAUGUUUUUAAAGUAAUAGGUAUGAAAUGGAAACUAUUUUCAUAUAUAUGUAAGUCUUUGAAUAUUAUUUAUAUUUGAUUGUUUUCACCUGUCAAAGUAAAUCU